AAUUUCAAACUUUGAACUUUUCAAUCGAACAUAAAAAAAGUAAUUGCAUUUUUCAAUUUUUUUUUCUCUUUUUUCUUAAGUAAAAAUCUUUUGAUUUUUAGUUAAAAUUAGUUUCAGUUUCCCUAUCACUAGCAUCUUACAUUCUCGCCGCUUCUCUCACUAAAAUUCUUUUAUGAACAUUUUAUCGAUUUACUCUUGUUCGUCGAGUGUUUUUAAUUCAUUACAAACAAAACCCAUUUUUUGUUUCUUUGUAAAAUUGUUGAAUCCUUAUCUUUUGAUUCUUGUUCUUUAGCUUUUGAAUAUACAGAUCCUUUUGAUUCCAUCGAUUUUUAAUACCCCAAUACCCAAAUAAACAACACUCUUUCAGUCUUUACUCAUCGCCCUUAAAUUCUUCUUCUUCUUUUCUCUUUGAAAUUUUAUCGUACAUUAUGAAGGCAAGAUUGGUGGUGUUUCCAAUUAAGGGUAAAAUCUGGUGUUUUAGCAGAUCCAUUGAUCAAUCUGCAUCAGCAUUUAACUCUGCUAACACUCCUUCCACUGUUAAAGAACUUUGGAAGAAGAUUUCAACAAAUUCAAAACCCCUCAAUGCCAAUGCUGAGCUUCUUGUUGAUUUCAUUUCAAACAAGAUGAAUAAUGCUUGGGUUGGUUUGGAAAAGGCCCCUGAGGGUAGUUUCAAGAACAAGCUUCAUGGGUUUGGAUUGCAGCUUUUAGCUCGAGUUAAGCCAUCUGAGAUUUUGUUGAAAUCUAUAAGUAAAGAGGUCACUAAUGUUAGGAUUACAUACCCCCCCAGUUUAAAUUCUAGGCUCGUGCGGCGAAGAUUACGACAUAUAGCCAUGAGGGGUACUGUUUUACACAGGAAAUACUUUUAUGGUUCAGUUACGUUGCUUCCACUGACUGCUGCACUUGCUGUUCUACCUCUGCCUAACAUCCCAUUCUUUUGGGUCCUGUUUCGCACUUAUUCACAUUGGCGAGCUCUCCAGGGAAGUGAGAAGCUCCUUCAACUAGUCUCAGAUAACUCCCGAGCUCAAAGCUUCUCUUCCGAGAUGAUGGAAGCAUCGAAGGAAUUGGAGGAGCUUCUUCGCAAAGGAUAUGAAAAUGGCAGCGUAAAUGAAAAGGCUAUUUCAGAUAUAUGCAUCAAGUUUAAGUUGAAUAAGAUCGAUGUUUUGAAGUGGAGAGAUUUAGUGUAAUUUCACUCAUCUCUUCUUUUUGUUAUCCAUUUGGAAUAUUUCAUUAAUUGCAAUUUAAUUUUCUUUUUUGCCUAA